CGCGCUUUCCGCCUCUCCUUCCUGUACACAGACGCGCAACAAGCACCGCCGUCCUCCUCUCAUUGUCAUCUCGACAACCAACUCGGCCGUAUCCAUCACCCGCACACCGCUCCUCCAUCAACAGCGGCAGAGCGCAUCUCAAGCACACAGCUUCCAUCAUGGCCGCUGCUCUGCGAUGGUACCAGGCUAAGCUGGCCUCCAGUCCGCUCCUCACCCAGUCCGUCACCACCGCGGUGCUCUUCGCAACUGGCGACACAAUGGCUCAACAGCUGGUCGAGAAGAAGGGAUUGCAGAACCAAGACUUCGCGCGCUCGGGUCGCAUGGCCCUCUACGGAGGCGCUGUCUUCGGUCCAGCAGCUACCAAGUGGUUCGGCUUCCUUCAGAAAAAGGUGGUCAUUCCUGGCAAGCCAAACCUCGAAAUUGCGGCUCGAGUCGCUACGGAUCAGACUGUGUUUGCUAGUACCAACCUGUUCGUAUUCCUGUCGAGUAUGGCUAUCAUGGAGGGCACGAGCCCCAAGGACAAGCUGGACAGCACAUACUUCAAUGCCCUGAAGAGCAACUGGAUGAUCUGGCCGAUCGUGCAAUUCACGAACUUCAAGUUUGUGCCACUUCAGCAUCGGGUAUUGUUGGUCAACGUGGUUUCGCUGGGUUGGAACUGCUACCUCUCGUUCCUCAACAGUCAACCAGGCGGAGCCCACGACAGGGACGGCGGUGAACUGCCUCCGUGAGCAAUGGGAUGGACAUUGGGACGGAACCUAUGACAGACGCAAUCGGGAGACGGAGCAGCCCACGCUGUAUUCAUCUAAUCGAUAUUGCGUACACCUGCGGCAUACCGGGCGAAUUAUGCCACACUGAUGCCGCACAACAUCACUCGAUUCAGCAUAGAGAGAACCUGGCUACGCGCGCGUAGCCAAUGGGACGACGAAUGUAAUUUUACACUGCUUCUCAUCACGAAGCGGCUUGUUUCGCUUUCAUUUGGGCCUCUUCAUCCGAUGUCCUCGUCGUCAGUUGUAAUGCGUGGAUGCCGCCCUCCGCUGCCAUUUCGUCUUUGAAUAGGUGAUAGACCAUUCGGUGACGUGCUGGCUGCAUCUUGCCCUUGAAGGCAUCGGAUGUUACAGAAACUCUGAAAUGCGUCUCCCUUGAAGUGCUCCCUUUCAUAGCGUUGUGAUGUGCGUGCUUGUGUGAGUCGUUGUGAAUCUCCAACGUGAUAGGUUGGAAAGUCUCUGUGACCUUUCGCCUGAUGGCAUCUUCCAUGGGUGUCUGUGACGGUGCGGAAGCCAUGCUUCUGCUUCGGGGGUGCUGCAAGGCUGUGCGUAAUGUACGGCGAAACAUGAGGGUUGAGAU